AUGAGUUUAAUUGAUUAUGUUCUUGGAUCGGUAAUUAAUUUAUGAUGAAUUUGAUCAAGUUUCAGUUAUUAUUUAAACUGGUAAUCCCUCCACACAUUACUGCCCUGUUUUGACACAUCUUUCCAUUCUGCAAAUUCGUGGUUCGUUUUCUUCAAAAAUCUGGGCUUGUAGCCAUGGCCGACGUUGAUUACACCGCCAAGCUCUUAAACCUCUACAGGAUUUCUCCUCCGGCAGGUUCAGUUCCGACCACCCGUCUUCCCCUGAGUUUCCUCGACUUCCUCUGGACUAUUUGCAGCCCCAUGCGACGGCUCUUCUUCUUCCAAUUCCCUCACUCAACCAAUCACUUCAUGGACUCUGUUUUCCCCACUCUCAAACACUCCCUCUCUCUUUCUCUCCAACAAUUCUUCCCUCUCGCCGGAAAUCUCAUCCUCCCUCCUCCACCCCAAAAGCCCCACAUCCUUUACACACCUCACGACUCUGUUCCUCUUACUGUAACAGAGUCAACCGGCGGCGAUUUCAACACUCUAAUCGCUGACUCCCCUCGCGACGCCAAACAAUUUUACCCUUUGGUUCCAGACUUGCCGGAGUCACGUCUCUCGCCGGACGGGUCACGUGCGAUACCAAAUUUCGCUAUCCAAAUCACGAUUUUCCCAAAUCAAGGUCUGUGUAUUUGUAUAGCGUUUCAUCACGCGGUUGCCGAUGGGAUGGCCGUUCACCAUUUUCUUAAAUCGUGGGCAUCCAUCUAUAGAAAUGGAGGUGACUCUGUUUCAUUUGAAGGACCGCUACCCUGCCAUGAUAGGGCAGCAGUGAAGGACCCAAAUGGGUUAGAGUCCAUUUUUUUACACGAGUUGUCAAGUUGGGAUUCAUUAUGGAACCCAGUUCCUUAUAAGCCCAUAAUCGAUCAGGCGCCUAUUGACAAGGUCAGGACGACGCUUGUCCUGACCAGACCCAUAAUCGAGAAAUUGAAAACUUGGGUUUCAGCUGAAUCAAACAGUGACAAAGAGUUGAAGCCUUUACGAUUGUCGUCGUUCAUCGUUACAUGCUCUCUCGUUUGGGGCUGUCUGAUUAAGUCAACCCAAAGCGAAGCGAGUGGUUCUGAAGACGAAGAUGAGCUCUGCUACUUUGUGUUGGUAGCAGAUUGCCGGAACCGCCUCAAGGAUCAAAUACCGCCGACUUAUUUCGGUAACUGCCUUGACGUGGGCGCUGUAGUAUUGAAGAAGAGUGAGCUUCUGAAGCGUAAUAGUACCGUUAUUGUGGCGAAGGCGAUCGGGAAGAGAGUGGAGGAAUUUGAGAGUGAGCCAUUUAAAAUGGCAGAGGAGUGGUUCUCAUUGUGGAGGGCAUGUGGGAAAGCUAAACACUUCCUGAGCGUUGCAGGGUCGCCUAAAUCAAGGACUUAUGAUACUGAUUUUGGGUGGGGAAGGCCGAAGAAAAGUGAAGUGCUUCAUGUGGACAGUUCCAUCGCAAUUUCUCUGCAUGAAUCCAGAGACGAGGAAGGUGCGAUUGAAAUUGGCUUGGGGCUUCACAACACUCAAAUGGAUCGAUUCAUGGCCAUAUGGGAAGAUAAUUUGAAAGAGUUGUGAGGUUAAAACUGUUGAAUCUGUCAUGUUUACAAUUCCAGUGGCUCUGAAAGCCGGUGGCAAUGGCAAAGUUGAAAUUUAGUGUUGAAUAAAAACAAAGAUACAAUAAAAAUAAUUUUAACUAUUUCAAAAUCACUGAGUUAUCGACAUAGAACAGAGUAACAACACAGGGACGCUGGGAUAAUUGGAAAUGCAGAGGCUUCCUAUUCCUCGCUUAGCCAUUGCCCAAGCCAUGGCUGUCGGAGAGCGUGCUGAAACAAGAGAAAUGAUCAGCAGGUCUUAAACUGGUUGUGGAAAGCGUGUUGAAGGAAAGACAAAGAGUGUUCCAUAAGCUCAGGGCUUAAUCUAAACAUCAAAACACAAAACUCCAUCUGGUUCAAAGCGCCAUCGCCAUCCAAAUCGCCCUCUGUCAUCAUGCUGAGAAGCUCCGCCUCUCCCAUGUCCCGCAGACCCAAAAGGGAAGAGUUUAACCGGAGGCUGUCCAACGUGAUGACGCCCUUCUCCUUGUCCAUCAGCAGCUGAAACCCAUUACACAGCUCGUUUAUCAGGCCCUCUCCCCCUAAUUGCUCUGCCAUUACAGGCAGCAAAUCGUGGAAAGCAGCACUCUUUCUGGCCAUUAAUUAAGAACAGGAUGAAUUUGAAUUUGGGAACUUGGGAACUUGGGGUUGGAUGAAAGUGGGAUUUAUAAAGUGAAAAGAAAGGGAAGAAGAAAAGACGGAGAAAUUGGGUUAGAUGCGAUCUCUUUCUUCUUCAGCAAAAGACAGCGCAGGGACAGAGAGAAGACUCCGGUUGCCUCAACGGGACUGCAAUUGCAUCUCGCCUUCGUGGAAGCUUUGAGAAGGCUGUUGUUGUCAUUUUAAUGGCUGCAACAAUCUUUGACUUUGCCUAAAUCAUGCCGUGGGGAUGGCCUUUUCUCGUCAACUCACCUCUUUUCAUUCCAGACUUGGCCUUGGCUUUGGCUUCCACCGACCCAAUUUGGUAACCAAGCUACAUCGAAUGUUCAACAAAAAGAACACAAUUUGUUUGGAAUUGCUUAAUAAAAUUAAUUUGUUGGUGUUCAGUGCUGUGGGAACAUGUCUUAAUUAAAUGUUGAAGGCCGACUUUUCCAUUGUCUAUACAUCUAUAUCUUCAAGUGUAAGUAAUGCUGAACAAAGAUGAAAAUAUAAUAUUGUAAUUAGUGUCAAUAGUAAUUAAUUUAGAUAGUUUUUAGUGUUUUAUUAUAAAGCUUAGAUAUCAACCGAAACAUGUGUUGUUUAUUGUUUUAUUUACUCUCCUUUGUAUUAUAUCAAUUAUUCCCCUUAUGCUCCAGUAUUUUUACCUAUAACUCCUAUUAAUUUUAAAAAUCUUGAAGGAAAGCUCAAAAGGGAACACCCAAAGAAGGCAAUAGCAGCUAGUGGUGAAUUUGGGCCGUUACAAAUGGUAUCAAAUCCAAACACCAUGCAUGAGCUAGUGAAAACGCUGGACCUUAAGGGGUGGAUUGUAAGAUCCAACAUCAAUUGAAGAGGGGAACAAAUCCUUGUAAGAGUGUAAAAACCUCUCCCUA